AUGCAGUUGUUGUGCCUAUCGUUUGCUCUUCUUUUCAGUUCGCUGAACCUCACCUCCGUCCCUCUCCCGGGCUUUAACGAAUCUUUUCUCGGAGCGCAUGCCUUCAACUUGACUUGCACCGAUAUCGUGUUUGGUUCCAGCGGAGCAGACUGGGCCACGAAUCGCUCGUUGACCACCUCAACCACCGGUGGGUCGCUGCACUGCUACUCAAAUUUUACUGUCUACAACUAUGCCGGUCUGGUGCACGCGGACAUCGCCGUGAAUCCGAGCGAUUUUACCCUGACGCGCGAGCCACUAGGGCCAGACAGCACCAACUACGGUCUGUGCUUUGAUCGCAUGUACGCGGUGAGCUCGUGCACUGUGGACGCAUCCGUCACACGUCUCUAUUCCGACCCUCCGAGUCGGCUUGUUGACUUGCUGUUGCAGAGAAUGCGCUCUUACAUCAACGAGAAUCUGCAAUCCUACGUCUGCAACGUGCUUGUGCCACAGAUGCAGCAGAGUUUGACGAACACCUCGACCGACCUUGAACCACAACGGAACUCCACUUCCACCAAGCGCGUCUUUCCGCUCCGAGACUCGCAUCUCGUCAGGGCUGCCGCCAACAUCUUCUCAAGUGUUUUCCACGCAGACGUGGCUCCCACGGGUCCAACGCCGAGAGUUGUGCGCGAGGAGCGUGUGCACCUGGAUUUUUAUGUGCCCCCACAGCAGUUGCACAUUGUGCGAUCGCUGGUGGCGGCGCCCCCAAACGAGACUGCGGUGGAUUGGCUACAGGAAAUUGUCGACGAUGUGCUGAGUGGGACCGCCCCGCAGCCUUUUUCGGUUUUCGACCUCCCAGGAGAAGUGACCAACGCCUCCCUGGACUACUACGUGCCGGAAAAGGACAACUACUUUUACUACUACAACGGCACCAUCGUGGUCGACGCGACGAUGGAGAGCUGCGAUGCCAACUCGUGUGAGGUGUACCUCGAUCCCGGCGUGGCUGUGCGACAGGUGCUCUUCUUCACCCACGACAGCGUCGGUCUGCUGAUGAGUCACUCGCUGAUACCGCGACUUGCCCCGAUUGUGAACACAAAAAUUGACGCCGUCCUUCGCGCAAUGGCGGUGUCGCAGCAGCGCAACUUGAGUGACCCGAACGCUACGGUGCACGUCAGCUUUGGCAAGACGGCGGUCCUGCGGCGCUUUCCGAAGUUGUGGCCACUGGCGCUCAUUUUUUUGUGCGCCGUCAGCGGCGGGACGUGGAUGGUGCGGCGCAACACGCAGCUUCACGCCACGCAACCGGUGCGGUGCAGCGCCACGGGAGAGCCGGUCGCAGCGGCCCGUCUUGUGUUGGAAGACAUCAAUAUGAUUUUCUUCGCCACCGCCUGCCUUCUUCUGUUUGCCGCGUCGAACACGAUGACAGGCGCGAGCGUGCUGCUCGGCAAGGAGAUGAACACCUACUCCUUCUCCAUGUGGAACACCGUGACCGAUCUGUGGAGGGCCGGACUUAUUCCACUGUCCGUCUUCGUGUUGGUGUUCAGCGGCGUCUAUCCAUACGUGAAGCUGCUCAGUCUGGUCUACUUCACCGUGUGGGCGCAGCGGCCCUUGAGCAAGCGACUCGCGCUGAUCGACGUGAUGGGCAAGUUUUCCUUCAUUGACACCUUCGCGUUGAUGGUGAUGGUCUCCGGCAUGGAGAUUCAAAAUGUGGCCCACGUCAUCAUCCACCCCGGCUUCUACUUCUUCAUGUUCGCCACCGUCGCCUCCAUCGCUUUGGGCAACUACGCGACUACGCUGUACCGCCGCGGUACCUCGCACCGAGUGCCGGAGGAGGUGGGGGAUGACGCCGGGUAUGAACAGGUAGCCACACACGACAGCACGUCCCGGGCCCCUCCGCCGCCUGUUGAGGCCGCUGCUGAAGCGCCACAAGCGUCCACGACAGCCCAAGAUGCUACAGCACCGUCCGCGUCGAGUUCGGCUCCUCCUCCUCCUCGCCCUUCCUCGUGUCCAUUUGCUCCUGUUGUGUCGGCGUGGCGAUGGUGCACCCGCCGGGUGUCGGUGGUGCCUUUUGUAGUGGUCCACCUGUGCAGUCUGCCUGCCUGGAAGUUUGGCUGUCUGCAGUACACCAUUGGCGGACUUGCUCGCAUCUUGACCCCACCGCAGAAGACCCUCUCGCUGUGGCAGCUCAGCCUCCUCAACAAGUGGGGCCGGCUCACACCCGCCGAUGCCAUGGUGCCAUUCAUCUUCAUGGUGUCCUUCUUUACUAUUUUGCUGGCGCCGUGCAUCUUCGCGCUGAUGCCCAAGCGCGGUGCCUUCUUGGCAUCGUGGUGUGCGGCGGAUGUCUUCGUGGUCGCCUGCGUGGCGGGACUGCUGCAACUGCACCAGUUCAUUACGUUUGUGCUCGGCGACGGCAUGGAUGACGUCUACACCGCCCACGCGACGCUGCGGUGGCCGAUGCUGCCGCUCACGGUGGCAGCGCUGGUUGUGUGGUACGUCGCGGCGCGCGACAUCAUCGGUGUUGCGUGGCUGUCGAAGCGACGGGAGUAG